UUCCGUAAAGACCUCAAGUUUUGGAGAAUAUGAAUGCCACUUCAAUGUGUUCAGAUUUCACAAAUGUGGGGUUAGGUUAUUUGGAGGAAUUAUGUAUAGUUGCAUUCCGGUCAUCAUGGUUUUUUACUUAAACCCUGUUCAUUUGCAUGUUCUUCCUCUCAUUUUCAUGAAUAAGGCUUUUUAUAUAUGGUAAUAUGGCGAGGGAGAGGAGCUAAAAAUUGCAAGUAACAGCUACUUCACUGGUGUGCCACUUCGUUUCCACAGUAUUAGUCUUCAUGGUGACCUCACAAUUUUCGUGAUGCUAUAUUUUGGGUUUUAAGGUUUCAAACACAGUGGAAGACCGAUGAAUGUAGCUGGUUUGUGUACUUCUGCUGGAAUUAAUAUAGCAUUGUGUACAGGGCUCGCCUCGCUGUAUUCGAUAUUAAGAAAACAACCAAGCAAUGUAAGCGUGUACUUUGAGCAAAGGAUCUCUCAAGUACAAGUAAACGAGGAGGAUCCAAUUACCUUUGACAGAUAUGUUCCUUCACCUAGCUGGAUACUUAGAGCUUGGGAGACAACCGAAGAAGAUUUAUUGGCAAUUGGGGGUCUAGAUGCAGUUGUAUUUUUCAGGAUAGUUCUGUUUUGUAUCAAGGUAUUCUCCGUUGCUGCUGCUAUUUGCAUUUGUAUAGUGCUUCCACUCAACUAUUUGGGUCAACCAGUACAUCAUAAGAGAAUUCGUACAGAGUCACUCACAGCGUUCACCAUUAUAAAUAUUAAAGCACGGUCAGAAUGGCUUUGGGUUCAUUGUGCUGCGUUAUACAUUAUAACCUUCUGCGCCUGUGUUCUCCUGUACAUAGAAAGCAAAAGUAUUGCUAAGAAGAGGAUCACCUACAUUCUCGGUAAUCCAAAUAAGUUAAGUCUCUUUACAGUUCUUGUUCGCGCUAUCCCCUUUUCGGGAGAGUCAUACAGUGAUUCAGUAACCAACUUCUUCACAAAUUACUACCCUUCAAGUUACUUAUCACACCAGAUGGUUUAUUUCCCUGAUACAAUUCGGCAACUUGUGAAAGAUGCAGAGAUGAUGUUGAAAAUGCUCAAGGCCCCUAAUCCGGCUCCAUCUGGAUCUAAUUUAGGAGGAUGCGGCCUCUGUGGAAUAAAUAAAAAGCCUUUCAAGAUUCUUUCUAAGAAUUCAACGGAUUCAGAUGACGAUAGAACUGAAUUUGUGGAAGAUCUAAGAGAAAAGGAGUGUGCAGCUGCUUUAGUUUUUUUCAGAACUCGCUAUGCUGCUCUUGUUGCUGCAGCGACACAACAAUCACCAAAUCCUAUGCUCUGGGUUACAGAUAUGGCGCCAGAACCACCAGAUGUAUUCUGGGCAAACCUUUGUGUACCAUACAAAUUACUCUGGGUUCGCAAGCUUGGAGUUUACUUGGCUGCAAGUGUGUUGAUGGUUUUCUUUUUUGUGCCUGUGUCAUUUGUGCAAAGUCUUGUUUACCUAGAUAAGCUCAAAGAAAAUUUUUUGUUCGUGAGGAAGUUGAGCGAAAAGAGGAACUUCAUCUUUGAUAUGAUUACCGGAUAUCUACCAAGUGUGAUGUUGACAGUAUUACUGCUCACUGUCCCACCAUUAAUGUCGACUUUGGCGGCGGUAGAGGGUCCUGUUGCCCGUAGUGGCAGGAAAAUAAGUGCAUGCCGCAAAGUUAUGUUUUUUAUAGUUUGGAAUGUCUUCUUCUCUAAUAUUCUGUCAGGAUCUGUCUUGGAGAGGUUCGAUACACUUUCAAGUUUAUGGGACAUUCCGCUGCAACUUGCCAAUGGAGUACCAUCACUGGCUGUCUUCUUUAUGACGUACAUUUUAACAUCAGGUUGGACGGGUUUGGCUUCCGAGCUUAUGCAACCUGUUGUCCUUUUGUGCCAUUGGUUGGAUAUAAUAUUUUUCAAAGGCAAACCUGUUUUAGGGUAUGGCCCAAUGACUUUCCCAUACCACACUGAAAUCCCAAGACUUCUUCACUUUGGAUUGUUGGGCUUCACUGGUUCCGUGACGGCACCUCUACUUUUACCCUUCUUGAUGGUUUACUUUAUACUUGCCUAUCUGGUAUAUCGUAAUCAGUUUAUCAAUGUAUACAUCACAAAGUAUGAUACUGGUGGACUUUAUUGGCCCGUUGCACAUAAUACUAUAAUCUUCUCAUUGCUGCUGACGCAAGUGAUUGUCCUGGGAGUAUUCACUAUCAAGAAAGCGGAAGUUUGCUCUAGUUGCACCAUCGCACUGAUCAUUUGCACGCUCCUUUUCCACUUCUUCUCGAGGCAAAGAUUUUUUGCAGUAUUUCAUAGCACUGCUGCACAGGUUGUAAUGGAGAUGGAUAGGCAGGACGAGAAUUCUGGAAGAUUGAAAGAGAUUCAUGACCACUUGAAUUCAUCAUAUUGUCAGUUCCAAUCGUCUCCAUGCUCCACUCAUGAUAAACAAGUAAAAGAGUUUAAUGAACAAAUGCGUUCGACAUUUGGUUCCUUCAAAUCCACUUCGCGGACAACAAUACCCAAGGCCUUAGAACUGGGCACGAAUCGAGCAGAUGCAGACGAUAAAAACCCAGCAAAAAAUUCUAACUAUACGCCAGGCAAUACACUAGCUGAUCUCCUUCGAGAUGAUGGAGAUGACUCGAUGUUUUAUUUCAGCUAGGUUGUAUUCUGCAUGCAGAUAGCAUCUUUCAUAUACAUGUCAUGUAUGUGCCUGAAUAGGCAAAUUGUUGUCAUCGGAAAAGCUAGGUAGCAAUUCUGUGUAUAUACCUUUAAAAGGACGAUACGGCGUUUUUUCAUCCGUGGCAUGCUAAGAAUUCCGUUUACAUGUUCA